AUGAAACUCAAAUCUCCAAAGUCCAAAACUACUGUGAUCUCAGGUCCGUUCAUGAUCAUACUUCCUCUAGAUUUGACAAGUGAUCAUCCGAAUGUCAACGCUCAGGAUUGUAAUUUCUUCACUCAACCAAUUGAGGGACCUUUUAAGGAUAUAUUACAAAGUGUGCUCCAUCAGGAUUCAGGGCACAAUUGCUUAAAAGCAGAGAGGGAGGGGAAGAAAACCUUGAUCGCAGAGGUAUUGAAGUGGCUGAAAUCGUCUCUUUCAGCUUACAAAGAGGAAAGGUUGUCAGUUGGAAUACUGGUUGCCGUGUUGAAUGAAUCGGAGCGUGGCCUGUAUCGCAUGAAUGGUAAAGGGAAACAAGUUAAAGAUGAUAUACUUGCCACUGGAUCUGGUUCAGGUGCUAAAUUUAUCCUGAUGGAUGGGCUCGGUCACUUUCCGGACUUUGACGCUGGACUUGGCCUGCCUUUCUAUAAGCGCAAAUGCAGUUUGUCUGUAACCGAAGCUGCAGACUUGGCGAAAAAGGCUUUAUGCUAUGCUGCAGAUACUGCUCCUCAUCAUGGCGACAUUGUUACUGUUUACCAUCUUGGAAGUGAAGGUUGCAAGAAGCUCCUUGAGGAUGAUAUAGAAGCAUGGACAAAGGAAAACAUCAAAUGCCAAAGGAUGAGGUACGAGGUCUUUGGAAAAGGAUGGUGA